UUCCAGGAGGCCACAGACGCAGGGGAUCGAAAGGGACGCGCAAGCUUCACCCACAAGACCCUCCCCCCACCCUACGCUACCACGCCCGCACACCUCCUGCAUAAUUGCCAGCCACGCUGCUCGAAUUCUCUCUUCAUCGGGGGCUCACAGCUCACGCGCGCGCCUGCCUGCGCCAAGCAGCUGAGCCAAGGAAGCCUUGUCGGGCAUCGUUGGUUUUCUGCUUAGGCCACAGCGCUGAGCUCGAUCGCCUCGGGAGGGCUGCAGAUGGCGCGAUGCCAGGGGACCGUCGAGAGCCUGUGCCAGGGCCUGCUGGACCUCGACGACGACAAGUUCGGCGCAAUGUGCAGCGCGUUCGGCUACCUCCAGGAGUGGCCGGACCUGGGCGCCAUGUGCGGCGCGAGCCUUGGCGCGCCGGCCGCGGCGGCGCCGGGCGCCGGCGACGGCAACGACACCUCCUCGUGCAGCGGCAGCGCCGGCGCCGGCGGAUUCAGGAAGAGGCGGCCGGACGCGUACCUCGACGCCAAGGGUGAUGGCAACGACAUGAGCAAGAGACCCAGAGGGAAGCAGCAGCAGCUGGGUGGCCUCGGUGAGAUCGCGGCGCCCGGGAAAGGGAAGCAGGAGAGGCCAAAGGCGGGGACCAAGAAGAAGGCGGAGGCGGCGUCGACGGCGGCGGCUGCCGGCCAGAAGACCGACUACAUCCACGUCCGGGCACGCCGCGGCCAGGCCACGGACAGCCACAGCCUCGCCGAGCGGGUGAGGAGGGAGAGGAUCAGCGAGCGGAUGAGAUACCUGCAGGAGCUGGUGCCCGGGUGCAGCAAGGUCACCGGCAAGGCCGGCAUGCUCGACGAGAUCAUCAACUACGUCCAGUCCCUGCAGAAGCAAGUCGAGUUCCUGUCCAUGAAGAUCGCCGCAUCCAACCCGGUGGUGAGCUUCGACAUCGUCGAGGACCUCUUCGGCAGGCAGCUGAAGCAGGCGUGCAACCCUGCUGCCCUGCCCGCGAUGGCUCUGCCGGCCGGGCAGCUGGAGCCGGCCUGCCUUCAGAUGAACCCCAUGCAGCAGGUGCACCCGUCCGCAGCAGCAGGCUCCACCUGCUUUGGGCUGGACAUGGUCGUCAACAACCUGUACCCGCCGCCCGCCGCCGCGAGAUGCCCCGUGUCGGCUGCCACGCCGGUGACGGCGGCGGCCGGGCCGUCGAUCGAGCCGUGCCUCAACGUGAAUGGAGCUGCUGCUGCUGCCUGGGAUGUUGGCUCCCAGAAUUUGUUCGGUGGAUUUGAUGCACAGUUUCAGUCAGUAGAAAGUGACUGUUUGCUAGACAACCUCAAAAUGGAAAUGUAAGAAGAAUUAAUCCUCGUUACUGGAGUUUUAACCACAGAAAAAUUUGUGGCUGAAGAUUCUUUAUUCAUAGCAACUGUACUAAUGAAGUAUUCUGUCAGCAAUGUCAAUACAAGUACAUUUCUAGUGUUC